UUAUCAAGGAAUUGGAAUAAAAUAUAAAGUCCCUUCUGGACAAGUUUCUUCAAGUAUGAAGUGAGAAAUGUUGAGGAGGGGUAGGACAGCCACACAGAGUAAUCUGGCUUGCUUGACAAACUGUUCCCACUCAGGAAAAACACAUUUUAUUCCAAAUGGGAUGGUUAUUCAUCUAAAGGCAAACAAUGCCAUUUAAAAGGGGAGAUUUUACAUACCAAAUACUGUAUACAGAACUUAUCAGCAUUUUACUACCUCACUAAUCUAAUCUUGCUUUUUCUAUUGUUUCAAUUCCCUAUUACAUAAUUAUUGCAUUGUUCAGAACUUUUUUCCAGGAAAUUCCAAUUGUGUUUUGCAAUUAUUUCUCUCUUCUAAAAUGAAUAACAGAGCAUAGAUCACCUGAAGAGGCAUAAGGAAAUGAAAUUAGUUUUUUUAGUUCACAAUAAAACAAGAAGUAUUUCCUCCUAAAAUUAAGACAUAACUAAAUGCAGCCAACAUAUCCAAUAUAACUGUACUUGCAUAGAACAUCAGUGUCUUGUUACACCUCUUUUUGACACAAAGGCGGUGUUAGGAGCAAAGAGCAGGUGCGAAUCCCUCAGGGACGAGGCACAACACUCAGCGAGUGAAAGCUUUGGCUUUGUGGAAAGCAUAGCAUUACCACGGUGGGAGCCCCAGCGCUAAUCAAAAUGGGGACCCGACGCAGCGGAGCCCUGCUUGGGAGUGAAGCUCAAGGGAAAGCACCGCAGGGGUGGAUAAUCAAACUUGCGCUGAUUAACAUAUCAUACAUAUGCAAUGUCCUGUUUGGCUCAUUAGCGAACUCACUGAUGUAAUGCAGGUCCUGUCACUCAGAUGCCGAGAUCCGCAGCUGGCCAUCACGCUGGCGGCCGUGCAAUGGGGGGGGAAGCGAAUGACCCCGGGUUACUGUGACAACGAGAUAAGACGUGCUUGGGACUUCUACGAACUUGGACGGGAAGAAGCAAACUAUCGCAGGUUGCUGUAACAAGAAGAUAGGAUGUGCCUGGGACUCCGCAUACUCGGAUGGGGGAGGCGAACUAUCCUGGGUUACCGUAAUGAAGUCUUCCCACACCCUGCAGGCGGUCAUAUAAAUAAGACUGAUAAGCCAUCGCUUUUCUAACCAAGAACCUCGCAGACGGGAACAAGUAAUGGGGGUGUUUCGGAGUUUGAUAUUUUUGCUGUCUUUUCAGCUCCUGCAUGUGGCAAAAGGUUCUAUGGUAUGGCUAAAUAAGAAUGGCUAUGAGGAUUUGGUUGUUGCAAUUAAUCCCCAGGUGCCAGAAGAUGCCAACAUCAUCCUGAAUGUGAUGAACAUGAUUAAAAAUGCUUCUAAUUACUUGUUUGAAAUGACAAAACAUCGAUUUUUCUUCAAGUCUGUAAAAAUUAUAAUUCCUAAAACGUGGAAGAAAAACAUCAACUAUUCAAGAUUAAAAACAGAAUCAUAUGAUAAGGCAGAUGUCAUCAUAGCAGACCCUUACAUAAAACAUGGAGACGAUCCUUACACCUUGCAGUACGGAGGAUGUAAGGAGAAAGGACGGUACAUCCAUUUCACACCUAACUUCCUGUUAAAUGACAAAUUGGCCAAUAUUUAUGGAGAAAAAGGUCGAGUUUUUGUCCACGAAUGGGCUCACUAUCGGUGGGGGGUGUUCGAUGAAUAUAGUAGCGACAUGCCUUUUUACGUGUCUAGAAAUUCUAAGGCAGCAAGUGUUGAAGCAACAAGCUGUCCAGCUGGUGUGGCUGGUAUACCUGUUUUCCAAGACUGCAGCGGAGACAAGUGUGAGCCAAGAAGCUGUAGAUAUGAUGGUCAGCUAUAUGAAAACGGAUGUAUGUUUAUUCCAGAUAUACGACAAAAUAUCCCAUGUUCUGUUAUGUAUUUGCAAUACAUACUGUCCGUGGUUGAAUUUUGUGAUAAAAACACUCACAAUAGUGAGGCUCCAAAUAUGCAGAAUAAGAUGUGCAACCACAAAAGCACGUGGGAAGUAAUUAUGGAAUCUGAUGACUUUCGCAACUCAGCUGUUGUAAAUGCUUCUGCACCGCCCUCUGAGACUACCUUCAGGCUACUGCAGACCCAAGACAGAGCAGUCGCUUUAGUACUGGAUGUUUCUGGGAGCAUGUCAAUGCACGACCGCAUCAGACAUCUCCGUAGCGCUGCAGAGGCAUUUCUGCUCCAUAUUAUUGAAAUUGGUUCCUGGGUUGCAAUUGUCACAUUUGACUCUGACGCAUCUGAAAAAGCUCCUUUGCAACAAAUAACCGAUGGUGCAGCACGCCAAAAACUUGUUCAAUGUUUGCCUAUAAUUGCUAGUGGAAAAACCAAUAUCUGUGCAGGCGUACGUAAAGGGCUUCAGUUAAUUGCAGAUAAAAUGAACACUACAUACGGUUCAGAAAUUGUGUUACUGACAGAUGGAGAGGACUCAGGUAUAGCAGCUUGCCUUGAUUUGGUGAAACAAAGUGGGGCAAAAAUUCACACCAUCGCACUGGGGCCAUUGGCAGCCAAAGAAUUAGAAGAAUUUUCAACACUAACGGGAGGUUUAAAGCUCUAUGCUGUAGAUGGAGCCGUCCACAAUAAAUUAACUAUGACAUUCAGUGCAAUUACAUCAGGAAGCGGAGAUAUUUCUGAGCAAUCUAUUCAGCUUGAAAGCAAAGAGCUACUUGUUCAGCAUUCUGGAUGGAUGAAUACUACUGUGCCUGUUGACAAAACUGUGGGAAAUGACACUUUCUUCAGCAUUGCAUGGAGUCUAUCUCAGCCUUUUUUUUUCCUGAGGGACCCCAAAGGAAAAGAACAUGGAAGCUCAGACUUUACGAUCGAUAAUUCAAACCCAAACACAGCUAGACUCAGUAUAAGUGGCACUGCAGAGGUUGGUGAUUGGCAGUUUUGUAUUAAAAAUCUUCAUACAGCAACUCAAGCUAUAUCAGUAACUGCUACCUCUCGACCAGCAUAUUCUGAUGUUCCUCCUGUGAGCAUUGCAGCUCACAUGAACAGGGCAAAUAGAGCAUUUAAUCCAGUUGUUGUUUAUGCAGAGGUUAGCCAAGGGUUUUUGCCUGUUCUUGGUGCAACUGUGAUAGCCACCAUAGAGAAGGAUGGUGCUGCAGCAGUAACCCUUGAACUUCUUGAUAAUGGCGCAGGUGCUGACACGAUGAAGAAUGAUGGAAUCUACUCAAGGUACUUUACUUCUUUACCAGGCACUGGAAGAUACAGUCUAAAAGUGAAUGCCCAUGGGAGAAAUACAACCACCAGACUUAGCCUCCAGCAAAAUAGAGCCUUGUAUAUACCAGGCUACAGAGAAAAUGGUAAAAUUUAUAUGAAUGCACCAAGACCUAAAUUUGCAGAUAAGGAAAUCAAAGUGAAGCUGGGAAGUUUCAGCAGAAUUUCAACAAGUUCUCUUGUAGUGAACACAGGAGGAGAUUCUGCUCCUGUUUAUCCACCCUGUAAAGUUACAGACCUUCACGCUCGUAUAGAAAACAAAACAAUAGUCUUGUCUUGGACAGCUCCAGGAGGUGACUUGGACAAUGGAAAAGCUGAUCACUACAUAAUAAAAAGCAGUGAAAAUCUUCUGGACCUAAGAAAUCACUUUGACCAUGCUACUUCUGUGAAUUCCUCUAAUCUCAUACCUAAGGAGGCUGGUAGAGAAGAAUCAUUUAAAAUUAAACUAGCAAAUUUCAUAAUCAAAAAUGACACCAUAAUCUACUUUGCAGUACGUGCUGUUGAUGAUACCAACUUGAUUUCAGAGGUGUCUAAUAUAGCACAAACCACAUGGUUCGUUCCUCCAAAAGCAUCUGUGCCUUUAGAGUAUGACGGCAACAAUGAUGGUGCUGACAGUACAGUAAUAGUGGCAAUAGUAGCUGUGUGUGUAAUAGUUGUCUGUGCUAUUGUAAGUUCAACUCUGUGUGUUUUACAAAGACGAAAGGGAAGAGUGGAUUUUGAAACAAUGCAGAAGCAUAUGUAAAAUAAAAAAAAAAUAGUUUCAAAGGAGGGAAAGAAGUAUUCGUACAUUCAAAAAGUAAGUGCACUGAUUUUAAACAGAUGUAUUUGUCUUUUUUGAUAGGCUUAUAGAUGUAGAUUUUCAAAAGUGUGUCUUAUAUUCAAGUAUUUGUACACUGAUUAAACGUUAAACAUAAAAGCACGUACUCAGAAAUAUAGUAAAGUAUGAUAUGUGUACCAUCAUUUGUUUCUAUGUGAUAAAAAUACUUAACUCUUCUGUUGCAAGGUUAUUCCAAUGUAGUGUCAU